AUGGGUAGAAUGGAAAAGUAUUACAAACUGGAGACAAGAGACUAUUUGUGGAAAAUUAUUAUUCACUGUACCCCAGGCAGAAGAGAAUGUCAAGAAGCAGAUGGGACUGUACCUUUGGUUCAUCCUUGGCCUGUGAGUGGAUUCUUGAGACAUCAAUUGCUAUAUUGCAAAGCUGGAAUUGGAUUCCACUUACAAAUUCUUCCAGGUGGAAAAGUGGGAGGAGCACACGAAUACAAUGAGUACUGUAUUCUGGAGGUAUUUUCAGCUAAAGCAGGCAUCAUUGGACUCAAAGGAUCAAAGAGCAGACUGUACCUUGCCAUGAACAAAAGUGGCAAAUUAUAUGGAUCUGAAACAUUUACACUGGAAUGUCUGUUUAAAGAACAAUUGGAGGAGAAUAACUAUACAACAUAUUCUUCAAGUGUAAGGCCUGACUAUUAUGUGGCAUUAUCAAGAAGAGGUAAAGCAAAAAAAGGAGGCAGGGUGAAAAAAGAAAAUGCCGGUGCCCUCUUCAUUCCACGUCUUAUCCCUUAGUACCAAGAACUACCGCCAGAUGGCUAGCGUCACCACUGUUUUCAAAUGAGUAGAAAUGCUUUCAAGGAGUUUGUAGCUGGAUGUUGAGCUGAAAUACAAACAAUGGUACUUUUUCAGUUAUAUUAAUCACUUUGAAAUUUGUGUGACCAGAAGUUUAAGAAUUAAGAUACUG